GCCCAGGUGUGAAGACUCCAGAAGCACGAACAGUUGAGUACUUGGAGGAGGUAGCAAUUGGCUUUGCCAGGGGACUAGCCAACAGGACUGUGUCUUCCAAAAGAUCAAAAGGGCUAAUACAGAAAAUAACAGACUAUGCUAUGGCUCUUCCGUUUGUGAGGCAGCAAGUCUACAAGACAGUGGAAAGCAAAGUUCAGAAGCAAACCAAAGGACUCUACCCUGCUCCACUAAAGAUCAUUGAGGUUGUAAAGACUGGUCUUGAUCAGGGGCGUGACGCUGGAUACCUCACUGAAUCCCAGAGCUUUGGCCAACUUGCAGUGACUAAGGAAUCCAAGGCGCUGAUUGGACUUUACCAUGGGCAGGUGCAUUGCAAGAAGAACAAGUUUGGAACACCUCAGCGAGAGGUCAAGACUCUGGCAGUGCUGGGAGCGGGGCUCAUGGGAGCUGGGAUUGCCCAGGUUUCAGUGGAUAAGGGGCUGAAGACCAUUCUGAAGGACACAGCACAGCAAGGCUUGGACAGAGGGCAGCAGCAAGUCUUCAAGGGGCUGAACGGCAAGGUGAAGAAGAAGAGUCUGACAUCGUUCGAGAGGGAUUCCAUUCUCAGCAACCUGACGGGCCAGCUGGACUACAAGGGCUUUGAGAAGGCAGACAUGGUGAUCGAGGCUGUGUUUGAGGACAUUAACAUCAAGCACAAAGUGCUGAAGGAAGUGGAGGCUGUGAUCCCUGCUCACUGUAUCUUUGCCAGUAACACAUCUGCCCUCCCAAUCAGCCAAAUUGCUGCUGUUAGCAAGAGGCCAGAGAAGGUGAUCGGGAUGCACUACUUCUCCCCUGUUGACAAAAUGCAGCUGCUGGAAAUAAUCACCACAGACAAAACAUCCCAGGACACAGCUGCUUCCGCUGUUGCUGUUGGCCUCAAACAGGGCAAGGUCGUCAUCGUGGUAAAGGACGGGCCUGGCUUCUACACCACUAGGUGCCUGGGGCCGAUGCUGGCAGAAGUGGUGCGAGUACUCCAGGAGGGCAUUGACCCAAAGAAAAUAGAUGCCAUCUCUACAGCCUUCGGCUUUCCUGUGGGUGCUGCCACGUUGAUUGACGAGGUGGGUGUGGAUGUGGCCACGCACGUGGCUGAGGACCUCGGCAAGGCCUUCGGCGAGCGCUUUGGAGGAGGCAGCAUCGAGUUGUUCAAGCUCAUGGUGGAAAAAGGCUUCUUAGGUCGCAAGGCAGGGAAAGGCUUUUAUAUUUACCAGGAGGGGGUGAAGAACAGGAGCGUGAAUUCUGGCAUGGAUGAGAUCUUGGCGAGGUUCAAGGUGCCAGCCAAACCUGAAGUCUGUACCGAUGAGGACAUCCAGAUGCGCUUCGUGACGAGGUUUGUGAAUGAGGCAGCCAUGUGCCUGCAGGAGGGGAUCCUCAGCACCCCUGUGGAGGGAGAUAUCGGUGCUGUGUUUGGCUUGGGCUUCCCCCCAUGCCUGGGAGGUCCCUUCAGGUAUGCAGACUCGUACGGAGCCAAGCAGCUGGUGGACAAGCUACGGAAGUACGAGGCUGUCUACGGCAACCAGUUCACGCCGUGCCAGCUGCUGCUGGACUACGCCAACAGCCCAAGCAAGAAAUUCCACCAGUGAGCGUGGCCUGACGCCGCCCACCCGUGACACACCAAGAGCUCGAGCUGGGGCCACCGGCUCUCCAGCAACAUCCCAUUCUCUAGGUUAAUCUGCAAAGCACCCGGGGGAGGCAGGGACGGAAGGAGGGUGGCAGAGGAUUGCCUCGUGGCUUGUAAUCAUGUCAAGUGCCUUAUCAGCUACUGUGUGUUGGGCACGUCCAUCCCCUGCCAGCGUGGGCCUGCUGCCUCUUUGCUGGAAGAGAGAAUUUCUUCUGUGUUCACCUCCAUGCUGUGACCUCCAGAGCACGCAGCUGGGCCC